AUGGAAUAUUCAGAUAUAGUAAAGUAUCAUGGAGUUCCUCAAGAUGUUAUCAAGUGCAUGCUGUUCACAUUCUCUCUCCGAUAUGAUGCUCAUGCUUGGUAUCGAUCCUUGCCAUCAAGAUCAUUCAGUUCGAAUGAGAUAUCACGAGCUUUCUUGGAUAAAUAUUUCCCACUACACAAGCAGUCCGCAAUUCGAGAUGAGAUCUUCAGCUUCGUUCAGCGUGAAGGCGAGAGCUUGUAUGAUGCUUGGGAGAGGUUCAAAGCCUUAUUCAGGAGAUGUCCUAACCACGGGCUCGAGAGAUGGUUAGAGCUGCAGCUAUUCUAUAGAGGAUUGGCUUCGGACACUCGAUCUUACGUUGAUAUGGCAGCGGGUGGAGCUAUUACAAACAAGACACUUGAUGAUGCUUUUCUGCUGAUUGAGAACAUAGCCUUCCACCAACUUCAGUGGUACAAUGAGAAGCCCACCUCUGGCCCAGUUGCUUGCUUGCAACAAAUCACUUCAUCUCAGCAAGAAUCUCUUACAAAAAAGCCGGAACCAGUUUCUCCGCGUGACAAGAUUGAGCUUUCAUGGAUUAUCUUUGAUGAUGAUGACACCAUCCUAGUUGACACACACACUUCAGAUCAUAUGGAUACUAGCAUUCUAGAUUCAGUUUUGCUUUGUGAUGAUUCUUGUGUGGAUGAACCAGAGCUACAGUUAGUUACUUUUGAUAUUGAGGAGAUACCUUUAGUUGAUAUUGAUCAUGUGCUGCUAGAGCCAGAUACGGAAAAGUUCACCUUUGAUGAUGUUAGCCACAUCGAUUCUUCAAUGCUUGAGCCUGAGAUGGAAAUCUUCAUUGUUGAUUAUGAUGAGGUCACUUCAGAUGUCAAGGAGCAAAGGCCUACUAUUUCACCUGUCGAUACGAGCCCGGUGGAAGUUUCUACUACCAUGCCUUCCAUGGUAUAUUCAGUUGAGGUAGUCAUAAAACUUCUCCAAGGCCAUUUCAGGUAUUAUGUCAGCUUUCUGGAUAAGUUAUGUCAUAUCGCUGAUAUUACCUAUGCACCCUGUGACUUGUUGUUGAUACAUGUUCCUGAUUUGCUCAAUAGAUAUACUUAUAUGAUAGGGUACUCUAUCAAUGACUUAGAGGGCAUUCUCUCUGUCACUUGUAUUGGCUUGGUUGUUGAGUGUUCUUUUAGGUUGAUGCUUGUGCACCAUUUACUGCGAGUUGACCGAGUUCGAGACGACAUUCCUUGGGACCCUGGUGGAUCCUGA